AUUCAGAACGUUUGAGCGCCCAGCCGGGCUGCAGAUGCAGCGUGUGUUGUAGUUUUGAUCCGAACUUUGUUGAAUCGUUGAGGUUGACGGCUGCUCCACGAUGGCAGAAGUGCAGGAGGCCCUGCAGAAGUGGUGAGGGGCAUACACAGGGGUGGCGCACCACAGUGCCGGCAUCUGAGCUGCCGACAGACAUGAAUCACCGGACGAUCUCACACGUCGCACACGCUGCGCUGCAUCGCUGGCUGGUUCUCUCUAUGGGAUGCGUGUGUGUGGUGCCUGCCGUGCCAUCAGGGGUGAGAUAAACCUGGCGCAGCGUCUGGCGGAGUACGGCCCGGUGGGUUUGGAGAUCGAGAAGACCAAGAAGCAGAGCCUCGAGUCGCGCAAGAAGCUGGUGGAGGAGACCAAGGCAUUCAAGAAACUCGAGGAUGCUGACAAGGUGGCGCAGCUCGAGGGGCUGCUCAAGGCCUACCAGGGCGAGAUCGAUGCCGUCACCAAGAGGGCCAAAAUGUGAGCACUACACUGAGCCGCCGGGAGCGAGCGGUGCAUUCACUCAUCCACUCACUCCUUCUGGAUGUCUGUGUGCUUCAUUCAGGGCUGAGUCCAACUUUCUACAGUUCUAUCAGCUCCUCUACGAAGCACCAGGUCGGUCAGUCUGGACACCAGCAAGCCGACCACUCGGUCACGAUGAAUGGAUCUUUUCUGUCUGCAUCGCGUCAGAUCCCGCCGACACGUUGAGGGCAGCCCAGUCGGCGCUCAAGUCCCAGGAGGCCAUGAGCCAGCAGCAGGCCAGUGCUGACACGGGCCGUGUGCGUGAGCUGACGGAGAAGCUGCGGGCAGCCGAGUUGAAGUGCACCAAGAUGCAGAAAGAGCUCAAGGUGAGUGAGGUGCAUUUGGCCGGCCACACACAAAACACCAGAACGGACGGACGGACGAUGGCCGCAAUGGAAUCGCCAUACAUGUUUGGUGUGUGUGAUGGGUGGUCCUUCCUUAGGACAUGGAGGACGAGUUCAAGACGGUCAAGAACCAGGAGGUCAAGGUGCGGCAGCUGGAGGGCAGGCUCGCCGAGGUCACCACCUACCACACCGAGCUGCUCGAGAAGGAGAUACACCAGCGGGACGAGCACUGGGCAAAGGCCAUCGAACAGGUACAGGAAGCCAGACAGCCCCACAAAGCCGAGCUGUUAAUUGCUGUGGGCCGUGUGUGUGCAGUUGAAGGGUGAGCAGGAGGGCGAGGUGGUUCGCCUGAGGUCCCAGAUAGCCGAGCAGGAGCGCAUGAAGACUUACAUGGAGAGCGAAGUCGAGGAGGCAGAGCGACAACUGCUGCAGGUACGUCAGUCAGCACAGUGAGACAGACAGCUGAGGGAAGCUUGUGGAUGCGGCACUUCCAUCUCUUUCUCUCUCUCUCUGUGUGUGUGUGUGUGUGUGUGCAGGCCAAGCAGCGGCACGAGGAGGACUUGAUGAACAAGCAGAGUGAGCUGGACACAGUGGCGGCCGAGUUGGAGCGCAAGACGCAGGACCUCGAGACUCUCAAGGCACAGCAAAGCCAGCAGGACCAAUCCAAAGUAAGCUAAGUGACCGACCAUGUCCGGAGCCGCCCACUCCACUCAUCCUGCCCCGCCGAUACCUGUCUGUCUGUGGUCAUCUCAUACAUCAGGUCGAGUCUGUGAUGCAUUCCCUCAACGCCGCCCAGCACCGCAUCAAGACUCUCGAGGCCGACCUGGACAACACAAGGGCGGAGCUAUACUCGACACAUGAGAAGUCAGCUGGCCGUCAGUCGCACGACCUACCACGGUCAGCUUGUGCCGCGUGUUCUUGUUCACUGUUCAGGUCCCGCCAGCGUGAGGCCGACCUUCUACGUCAGCUGGAGGAUAUCUCUGGUGUGGUCCGCAAGCGGGAUGAGGAGCUCGUGCAAGUGCGGGACGAACUGCAGCGAAGACCGACGGUGGUGAGCAACUAACUGCAGCCAGCAGCCACACUGCCACUCACUCAUCUGUGUGUGUGUGGUGUGUGUCAGGGUGAGGUGAGUGAGUUGCGCCAGAAGCUGAGGAACGCCGAGGUGGUGGAGCACGGUGACAUCGACGGCGCCUCCACCGACCUCGAGAGACGACUACUGGAGAAACAGAAGCAGCUGGAGGGACAGCUCUCCAGGUACGCAGGCAGGCCACCUGGGCUCAUCCAUCCAUCCAUCCAAUGUGUAUGUGUGUGAUGCUCACAGUUUCCGUGUCAAGUGCCACAGCCAGGAGGACACCAUCAGUCACCUGACGCAGGAGAGCCGCUCCUUCCAGGAGCGCGUGGACGACCUGCAGCAGCUCGUCACCAGCCUGGAGAACCAGCUGUCCCAGGCACAGGCGCAGGGGGCAGCCGAGCCAUCCACAGCCACUCUUGGAGGCAUCAACCUCAACCUCACGCCACACACACCACCGGCAUCGUCUGUGGCAGCAUCUCUGCCUGUCGCUGGUCCUGCUGGUGACGGUGACAAAGCUGCCCUUGGUGCUGGUGGUGGUGGUGGGGGUGGAGGUGGGGCCGGGGUGGGCAGCGCUGCUGGGGCGGCCAUGCCGUCCAUGAUGGAGAUCGUCACCGCACAGAGGGACCGAUUCAGACAGAAAGUGCUCGAGGUCGAACAGGUAAGUACUUAACGGAAUGAAUGAAUGACACACACUAAAUGAAUGAGCGGGUCUGUCUGUCUGUCUGUCUGUCCGUCCGUCAGAGUCGCGACAUGUGGAAGUCGUCCACCGAGCAGGAGCGUCUUCGUGCCGACAAGCUGCACUCAGACAACAUCACCCUGGUCGAGAAGAUCAAGUAUCUCCAGAGCUGGCAGCCCAAACAAGGACCCGGCGGCGGCAGAGGCGGCCGAUCUCGCCCAGGCCGCGGCCCCGCUGCCGCUGCCGGCAUCCAGCUGCAGAACUUUUUCGGCGGGGGCAAGACAGCCAUGGGUGAGAAGGACAGCCCACAGGCGGCUGAUGACGUGGAGAGCCGCUACUCCUCGGCGUACGAGGCGUCAGUGGACCCGUUCACGUCGUUCCGUGAGCAGGAGAAGCUGCGGAAGGUGCAAGCACUGAGCUUCGGGGAGAGGGUGACGAUUGGCGUGGGUGGGCUGCUGCUGUCCACACGCUUCACGCGGCUGGCGGCUCUGGGGUAUGUGCUGUGUCUGCAUGCGCUGGUGUUCGUCAUGCUGUAUCGCCUCACGCACCACAACUGCCCACCUGGUGGCCCGGCCAGUUUUUGACCUUGCUGUGGAUGCAGGCAUUGAAUUAGCCACUGACUGAUUUAUCCAAUUCACCAGCUAGCUAUUCUGCUGUUGAGUGCGUGGGGUGUGUGUGGUGACUUACGUGAUGCUGCGUGCCGUGCCGUGCCAUGCUAUGCCAUGGUAUGAAGGCGAAU